AUGAGGAGCAGCUCUCAUGCCCUGCCUCUCGGCGUGCUCGCGCUGCUGCUGUCCCAGCUCUGCUCCGGCAUCAAGUGGCUAGCGCUAUCACACACUCCUGCCUCGAUAUACGUCAACCAGACCCAGCACUGCAAGAUGCUUCCCGGCAUGGUGUCCUCCCAGGCCCAGCUGUGCCGCAGCAACCUGGAGCUGAUGCAGACCAUCAUCCAGGCCGCCCGGGAGGUCAAGAAGACGUGUCAGAAGACGUUCGGCGACAUGCGCUGGAACUGCUCGUCCAUCGACAUCCCCCCCGACGCCACCAAGUAUCGGCCAGACCUCGACCGAGGCACACGAGAGGCAGCUUUCGUCUACGCUCUGUCUGCGGCCACCAUCAGCCACACCAUCGCGCGGGCGUGCACCACCGGCGAUCUGCGCCUCUGCUCGUGCGGUCCGAUCCCCGCCGAGAUCCCCGAGCCCGGCUACCGCUGGGGCGGCUGCGCCGACAACCUGCACUACGGGCUGAUUAUGGGCUCCAAGUUCAACGACGCUCCCAUGAAGAUGAAGCGGUCGGGCUCCCACGCCAACAAGCUGAUGCACCUACACAACAGCGAAGUCGGGAGACAAGUAUUAAGAGAGGCACUGGUGAAGAAGUGUAAAUGCCACGGCGUGUCUGGAUCCUGCUCCAUAAGGACCUGCUGGAGGGGACUGCAGGACCUGAGAGAGAUCGCCAUGGACCUGAAGACCAAGUAUCUGUCCGCCACCAAGGUGGUGCACCGGCCCAUGGGGACGCGCAAGCAGCUGGUACCCAAAGACAUCGACAUCCGGCCGGUGAGGGAGAACGAGCUGGUCUACCUGCAGAGCUCCUCGGACUUCUGCUCCAAGAACGACAAGCAGGGGUCCGUCGGCACCCAGGACAGGCAGUGCAACAGAACCUCGCUGGGCAGCGACAGCUGCGACCUGAUGUGCUGCGGCCGCGGCUACAACCCCUACACCGAGAAGCUGGUGGAGCGCUGCCACUGCAAGUACCACUGGUGCUGCUACGUCACCUGCAAGAAGUGCGAGAGGAUCGUGGAGCGAUACGUCUGCAAAUGAGCCCGGCGCCGCCCGCCACCCGCCGCCCGCCGCCCUCCACCUUCAGCACCCGGCCACCCCGAGGCUCCACAGAUUAACCAAAGCACUACCAGAAGGCUUCCUGUCGUCUUAAGCAUGCGUAUCUCAUCCAGAAGUGGUCUAUACUUGUGUCACUAUCAUUUUUUGUAUCACGGACUUCUGGUUUUUUUUUUCCUUCCCGGACGUGGAGAGCGUGGCACCGCCGCCAUGUCAUGUGAAGACCGCCGUCCUCCUGGGUAUUUCCUUGUUCUUGGUAAUGAUUAUA